CUGCCUUUCAGCUGAUUAGGUAUGUUUUACGCUAUGGUGCGUUCAAUUACCCGAAUUCAGCAAACUUUUCUGGAAAAGCACCCUAACAACCAAGCAGCGCCUGCGAUCAUGGCGGACGUUGUGGCGGAGCAGAUACUGGAGCCGAAACCGCUGAAAGACCGGGAGUUAAACGGGGAGGCGGGGGACAAGGAUGAAGCCGACCCGGUAGACGAGACGGCAAAGAAGAAGAAAAAGAAGAAGAAGAAGAACAAGACCGCCAACACAGCUGUAGAAAACGAUGCGGAUGAAGUGGCCGAAGUGACCAAGCAGCUGGAAAACCAGGCGAUAGAGGAGAAAGAUAAAGAAGAGGAAGAUGGAGAUGAUGGAGAAAACUCAGCAGGGAAGAAGAAGAAGAAGAAAAAGAAGAAGAAAGGAUCCAAAACUCAAACCGAUCCCCCGUCUGUUCCCAUCUGUGAGUUGUACCCCAGCGGAUCGUUUCCCAUCGGACAGGAGUGUGAAUAUCCUCCUUCUCAGGACGGUCGCAGCGCGGCGUGGCGGAUGACCAGCGACGAGAAGCGGGUGAUGGACAAAGCCAACGAGGAGAUGUGGAACGACUUCAGACAGGCGGCGGAAGCGCACAGACAAGUCCGCAAGCACGUCCGCAGCUUCCUGAAACCCGGCAUGACCAUGAUCGAGAUCUGCGAGCGUCUGGAGGAUUGCUCCCGGAAGUUGAUAAAGGAGAACGGGCUGAACGCCGGCCUGGCCUUCCCCACCGGCUGCUCCCUCAACCAUUGUGCUGCCCACUACACUCCCAACGCCGGGGACACCACCGUCCUGCAGUACGACGACGUCUGCAAGAUCGACUUCGGCACACACAUCAACGGACGCAUCAUCGACUGUGCCUUCACUGUCACUUUUAACCCCAAAUACGACAAGCUGCUGGAGGCUGUGAGGGACGCCACAAAUACUGGAAUCAAGAACGCCGGCAUCGACGUGCGUCUCUGUGACGUGGGCGAGGCCAUCCAGGAGGUGAUGGAGUCGUACGAGGUGGAGCUGGACGGGAAAACCUACCAAGUGAAACCCAUUCGGAACCUGAACGGUCACUCCAUCGGUCAGUACCGAAUACACGCGGGAAAGACGGUGCCUAUUGUCAAAGGAGGAGAAGCAACGAGGAUGGAGGAGGGAGAGGUGUACGCCAUCGAGACGUUUGGCAGCACCGGUAAAGGCGUGGUCCACGAUGACAUGGAGUGCUCUCACUACAUGAAAAACUUUGAUGUCGGCCACGUUCCGAUCAGGCUGCCCCGGGCGAAGCACCUCCUGAAUGUCGUCAAUGAGAACUUCGGCACGCUGGCGUUUUGCCGGCGCUGGCUGGACCGCCUCGGUGAGAGCAAGUACCUGAUGGCCCUCAAGAACCUGUGUGACCUGGGCAUCGUGGACCCUUACCCCCCACUCUGUGACACCAAGGGCUGCUACACCGCUCAGUUCGAGCACACCAUCCUGCUCAGGCCCACAUGCAAGGAGGUGGUUAGCCGUGGAGACGACUACUGAUGAGCCGGCCUGUCUCCCAAACCCAGCACCGGUAUAAAGACGCAGCAGAGAUUAGUUUCAGGAGGAAGACUCAAAGAAAGGAAUGCCAAGUGAUGCUGUAGUCUACCCAUGAUGCUCCACACUCGGCUUUUAAGAAAGGACAAGCAUUCUUCUGGGUUCUUUAUCAUCAACCACAUCUUACCGAGUCAGCACGCGUCGGUGGUGGAAGCUUUGCGGUUUCCCCCGCGAUCGGCAGACUUCCAUUUUCAAAACAACAAUUAAACAGUUCAUUUUCCAGAUCAUCUCCUGUUUAUGGGAGAGGUGGUUGUGGAAACUCCCUUUCAGUUUCUGUGAGCCUCCGGCAUAUUAGUUCCCCGUAUGAGGGGGCACCAAGACAGCUUUAAAACAUGUUCAGGUGGAUGCAUGGCCAGAAAUGUGUGUACAGACUUUUCCUAACUUUAAUGCUUGGGGUGUUGAAGUAAUAAAGCAGCAUCAUGACACAGACACCUGCAGCUGUAUGUCUGGCUUCUGUUGCUAUGGGGGACUGCACUCUCGGCCCUCCGGCCUUAGUUUGAUACUUUUACAACCUCUCUGCGAUGGCUGCUGAUACUGUCUGUUCCCAGUAGAAAUGCUUCACUUUGAACUUGGAAAUGGUUUUGUAAGAAAAGCAAAUGAUUAAAGUAAUUGUUGCUCA